AUGGCGCACGUGGUGAGCAAGGACGAGUGCAAUCUGCCGCACAACGGCGCCGCGUUCGGCCUCGCGGUGUUUGUAUGUGUCGGUGUGGUGCUUUCGUAUGUGCCGCAGGCGGUGCGUAUCCACCUUGCGCGCUCGUCGGUGGGCCUCUCGCCCUGGUUUCUGUUCCUGGGCGCAACGUCGAGCGCGAGUGCGAUGUUUAACGUGGUGGUCCUCCAGUGGCCGAUUGUGCGCUGCUGCGCGCGCGCGGGAUCGCUGUACUGUUUCGAGCACCUGAUGGGCAUGCUCCAGGUUUCGCUGCAGUGGUUCAUGUUCACGCUCAUCUUCUGCCUUUUCCUCGUGUACUACGUCGUGGACCGCACGCCGCUGCGCCGCCGCAAGGCGAGCCGCCGCCGCACGGACGAGUCGAGCACCCUGCAGCCUCCAGAGGCGGACGGAAACGAGUCGUCGGGCUCCGAGAGCGAUAUCGAGACCUUCCACUCGCACAUCCACCAGACCUACGGCGCAGUGUCGCAGGACGUCGAUAUCCGGCCGCACGAGACGCACGCGGAGCGCGACCACUCGACCUACGCCAACAUCCCGCACUCUAUGCGCCAGAUCCUCGAGCAGUACCACCUGCCGGGCGAAGAGGAGAUCCACGGCAAGACGGGAUCCGUGCAGGAGUGGCACAUUGCCACGACCCUCGCCUGGAUCUCUGCCGCGCACUGGCUGUUUUGUGCGGUGGUGACCAUUGCGCUGAUCUCGACCGGCGCGUCGCACCGCGUCGUGAAGCACUGGGCCCGGUUUCUGGGCAUCACGGGCACGCUCUUUGCCGUGUUCCAGUACCUGCCGCAGAUCGUGCACACGGCGCGCGCGCGCCUCGUGCGCUCGCUGAGCAUUCCCACGAUGUGCGUGCAGGUGCCGGGCAUGAUCAUCUUUGUCUAUGCGCUGGCGUCGCGCAAGGGCGUCGACUGGACCUCGCUCCUGGCCUACCUCGUGGCGGGCCUGCUCCAGUGCGUGCUGCUCGCGCUGUGCAUCGCGUGGAAGAUCCGCCAGGCGCGCCUCAAGAUCGAUGACUACGGACACGCACUCCAGCACUAG